AUGACGUGCCCCCGGUCCCCCGUGAUCCUGUGGCAGGGGUCGGCGUCGUGGGAGCGUCGGCCCCUGAGUGAGGGCUCUCGACAGCAGCUCACCUGCCGGAGCGUCGGGGGGCGGCCUCCCCCCGUGCUGACCUGGUGGCGACAGGGCACGAGGCUCCCGCAGCGGCUGGAGGCCUCCACGGACGUCGCCUCAGGGAAGGGCAUGGUCGAGGUGACGGCAUCGGUGACAGCCUCUCGGGACCUGCAGGGCGCGACCCUCACCUGCCACGCCCAAACGCCCCUCAGUUCGCAGACGAGCAAGACGACGCUUAUCCAGCCGAGGACCGCCUCCGUGGCUCUCAAUAUCACCUGUGGUGCCUCCGCUCGACGUGCAGAUCCUGGGCUCUGGCGUGGCGGUGUCUGCAGGGACGAUGUUGAGGCUCGUCUGCGCAGCGUCGGAUCCCACCCUCCUGCAGAGCUCUCCUGGUGGCGCGGACACUCUCAUCUCACUUCCGUCCUGCACGCCAUGGAAGACGCAGGAAACGUUACGACAGCGACGCUAACCAUAGAGGUUGACAUGGACUUCGACGGGGUAACUUUGGCUUGCAUUGCCGUCAACCCAGCCAUGCCCCACGCUCGACUCACCGAUUCUGUCAAGUUGGAAGUGCACUACACCCCCGUCGUGCAUCUGGAACUCGGCAAACCCAUAGACCCCAGCGCCAUUACAGAGGGCAGUGACGUCUACUUCGAGUGUUCUAUAAAGUCUAAUCCACCUGUUAUUCGCGUCCAGUGGUACCAUAACGGCGCCCUCGUAGAACACGACGUCGCAGGGGGCGUGGUGGUGAGCGGCCUGAGUCUCGUGCUGCAGCGCCUCCGUCGGAAGCACUCGGGCACCUACACCUGCGCCGCGAUCAACUACGAAGGGCGCAACACCAGUAAUCCCGUCCACAUCACCGUCCGCCACGCGCCCGUGUGCGCAGGAGUCGCCCGGCAGAGGACCCAGGGAGCCGCCCGAGGAUCCCCGGCCGUCGUCACCUGCCACGUGGAGGCCGUGCCCGCCCACAACCUGACGUGGGCGUGGGCGUGGCUGCAGGAGGACGGGAGCGAGGAGCGCGUCCCGGCGAGGAACAUCCGCACCGACCGGCUGACCUCCGCCAUGACCGUGACGCCCCACAGCCUCCAGGACUACGGCGAGCUCCUCUGCCGCGCCUCCAACGACGUCGGGCAGCAGCGGGAGCCCUGCGUGGUGUCCCUCGUGCCCGCCGGGACGCCCGACCCGCCGCUCAACUGCUCCACGACGCCCACGAGCCGCGCCGACGGGGACCAAGGGCGCACCUCGCUCGCCGUCACGUGUCUGGAGGGCUUCGACGGCGGGCUGCCUCAGGUGUUCCUGCUGGAGGCGUGGCAGAACGGCGUCCUCCUGGCCAACGUCAGCAGCGACUUCCCGGAGUGGGUGGUGGCGGGGCUCGAGGGCGGGAAGGGAGCCACGCUGAGGGUGAGUGCCCAGAACGCCCGCGGGAGGAGUGAGACGCUGCGCCUGGAGGUCCACACGCCCAGGGCACAACAGCACGCCGCCUUGGACUCGGAGAGCUCCUUCCUCGGGGUCACGCCCUUGCUGGGAGCGCUAGUGGGCGUGGCGGGCGUGCUUCUGCUCCUCCUCAUCGUGAGCAUCGUGAUCGCGCGCCACGCCCGCCGCAAGGCCUCCAAGCCGCCCGUGCACACCCACGACCUCGUGAUGACCCCGACAGGAAGUUCAUGGGACUGCUACGACCCCGAGGGCGGCGCGGGUCUUCAGCCACGGCACCGCAGUCUCGACAUCCUCGCCCACACCCACGGGAGGGCCACACCCGACGGCGCCCACAGUCCAGAAAACAACAACACGCCCAUUAGACGCCGCCAGGGAACGCCCGCCGUGGGGAAGAGAGUCAAGACGAGUUCCCUGCCGCACAUACACAUGAAUGGGCAGCUCUCCAACCGCCAACAGCCACAGGAAAGCGACGCCAGCAGUAACUCGAGUGACUCAGACGUGGAGUCGGUGGUGGAGGUGACCGACCUGACGAUGCUGCGGCGCCCCGUGAGUGAGGCCGGGUACGCCUACUCCCCCUUGGCCACGAAGGAGACGGUGCUCCCCCGCCCCUCAGACACGCCAGGGCAUUUGGCUUCCAGUUCCAGGAGGAGCCGGGAAAGCCUUCGACUCGCUUCUGGAAGCCCUCUUCCAAAUAAAGAUAACAAGUGCAUGCCAAAGUUAGUCAAAGCUAAUCCUCGCGAUGGAGAUGACAAGAGAAAUCCCAAAGCAGACAGGAAAUCGCCGUCGCCAAGGGUCAGCGAAAACAGCACGCCAGUUCCUCGCCCUCACUUCGAGUCCAAUAAACAAGAGAACCCGGCUUUCCCUUCCAGGGACUCGAAAGCAGCAGCCAAGACGAGAAAAUCCCACAAGCCAGGUGAGAAUUCUUCCGUCGAGGACCUACCAGCGCCACCCAAACCCCCGAGGGUCUUCCUCCCGCCGGAGAAGCCGCAGCAGCACAUCAUCCUCAGCCCCUCCAAGACCUCCUCGAAGGCGCCCCUAGCCGAAGACGAAGUCAGCGACGCCUACUGCAACGGCCGACGUCUGAACCAUCCAGCCUGCCCAAGAGUUCUGGACACAGACGGGGUCCAGGUCAGGAGACCCAGCGACCCAGGAGGUGUUGGAAGUGUCAUAUGACCCUCGCCGCCACCGAUGUGGUUCUCGGUGGUGUAUGUCUCUCACAGAACUGUCCCGCAGACGUGAAGUUUCUCUCGAAUCUGAGGAUAACUUCAGCUUGUGAUAGCAUAGCACAACACGGUUUAUACUUGUAUGCAGCGGAGUGAGGAGAUGACGCUUUCGGACUGUAGCUUAGCUUCCUUUAGUUGAAGCUAUCAGUAAAUCGUUUCUUUGUGUGUGUGUGUCUGCGUCUGUAUGUUUUUAUGUGUGUAUCACUACCUGUGCAUACGUUAUGUAUACUUUCGAAUUUUUGUUCACAUAAAGCCAAAGUAACGUCGCUAUAAGGUUUAUGUUCCAAAAAUAUAAGGAAAGAAAAAAGUGGCCAAUGGCCCACUUUUUGCACAAAGCGCUGCGACAACUCGGGACUUGAAUUCAUGUAUAUUUGUAUUUUUGUUACAUAAUUAAAUGACAUUAAUC